AUGGUAUGCAUAGCUGCAGCCUUCGUUGCGAUGCGUUUCACCUUCAAGGGCACCGUGUCGAGGAUGGACUUUGGCUACGACGACUGGUGCGUGCUGGCGACACUCAUAGCCGCUAUACCCAGUGCCGUCAUCACUGUUUUUGGCACUGUGAAGAAUGGACUUGGCCAAGAUCUCUGGACCCUGACCCCGACGGAGAUCACUCAGAUGCUGCAAUAUUUCUACAUUAUGGCCUGGCUCUACUUCACGCAGCUUAUGCUGUUGAAACUCACGUUACUGUUCUUCUACAUCCGCGUGUUCCCCAGCAAAGGCGUUCAACGACUACUAUGGGGUACAAUCGUCUUCACCAUACUCUGGGGUGUCGCCUUCAUCAUCGUCGCGAUAUUUCAAUGCCAGCCCAUCCAGUACUUCUGGACAAAAUGGGAUGGCAUGCACGAAGGUACUUGUCUCGAAAUCAACGCCAUCACUGCAUCGAACGCGGCCAUAUCCAUCGCCUUGGACUUCUGGAUCCUGGGUGUACCUCUUUGGCAGCUUUGGGGCUUGAAGCUACACUGGAAGAAGAAGGUCGGUGUAGCGCUUAUGUUCUGCGUUGGUACCUUCGUCACCGUCGUCAGCAUCCUGCGUUUACAAGCCUUGGUUCACUUUGCCGCUUCCUCGAACGUGAGCUGGGAGUUUUACGACGUCUCGAUGUGGAGCACGAUUGAAAUCUGUGUCGGCAUCAUGUGCGCCUGCCUCCCGACCCUCCGUCUUCUCCUGGUCAGACUCUUCCCCAUUCUGGGCGGCUCAUCGGCACGCAGCCGUCAAUACUACAACUACGGCAGCAACAACGAACUCAGGAACGUCAGUCAAAAGCACAAGUCGUACAACUUGAACACGGCUAUAUCGAGCCCUCGUUCAGAGUCGUUCGAUACGAAAGUGGAAGACGGCAUCAGAGUCAAGACAUCAUAUCACGUGAAACACAGCCAUAGUCAAGGAGACACAGAUGAGGCUAGCUUGGUUAGCUAUGAGGGAAAGCGGAGGCCAUAG